UGUCGCAGGGGCAUCCCCUCUCAGUGGUGGGGGCCUUUCUGUCUCUGCCUUCUGAUACAGCUGAGGGGAGGGCAUGGCAUGCAGCAAGGAACUGAAGAACACGGCCUCAGGCAGGUCAGGACCUUGCAGAUCUCCGGGCAGGGACACCAGAGCAGGAGUGGUGUUGCUCCAGCCAUGUUGACAAGCCCAAUGAUCUUUGAUCUCCCACCGGCUAGUUAGGGUGGUUGUGCAGCAACCUUCCAGGAAGGCUUUGCUGAUGCUCAGCAUGUCAGCCACCGUCUGGGGAAAUGCAUGUUGCGUCCUCUGGGUGCCGAGCCUGUUCUGAAUCUUUCUGUCUCAGGUAUGAAAGCACUGCAUGUCCGGGUGGACUAUCACCGUUUACGUAAGCGUCCCUAUAAAAAAACUGAACAUCGGAUGCCAGGACCUGUUUACGUCCAAGAUCCAUGGCUCGCUCCAGGACUGGGUGGAUUUCUCCCGGAGCAUGAGCGCUGGCUGCAAGAAUUUCUCUGUGGCACGAUGAGACCUUUGCUGGUACGUAUUAUGCAUUCCCUACGGAAGAGGAAUGGGGGUAACAACCCAAGGGAUGGUCCGCAUCCUCAGGAUAGGGUGGGAGUGCUAAAUCUGCCACCCAUUCCACUGGUGCCAGGGGGACCGGUAAAGUGGGGCUAUCGGGGUCUAAACUAUGGGGACUUCUUAUGGGACAGGGCAGUUAAUCAGAAAAGAAUCCCACCUCUCCUUUUCACCCUGGGGGGCUUCACACUGCUGUGCACCACAGCCAAAGCUGCACACAGGCGCAAGAAACAAUUUGCUAGGGUUUACCGAGCCUGUGCUGAACCUUUCUGUUGCAGGUCCAAGAGCCUUGGCUCGCUCCAGGACUGUGUGGAAUUCUCCCUGAGCGUGAGCGCUGGCUACAAGAAUUUCCCUGUGGCAUGAUGAGACCUAUGCUCGUACGUACACAACAGUUUUGCCAUAUACUGAGUGGCAGUAUACCAUUCGUCCACCUAGCUCAGUAUGGUCUACACAGAGUGGCAGCGGCUUCUCCAAAGUUGAUUGUUCAGCAUCAUUCUAAUAGCACUCUGUGGUUCUGGAUGUCAGCCACCAUCUGCGGAAAUGCAUUUUUGG